AAGGCUUAAUUAAUUGGUGGUGCAAUAUAUAUGUAUAGUGCAGUUCGAUCAAGAUAUAUACUACUGAAACACUGUGUAGCUCUCUUUCUUUCUAAGGCACUCGCUGUGUUUGUUUGGUCCUUGAAGAUGGAGAGGUUUGGCAUUCCCCUGCUGCUGCUAUUAGUGCUUCAGCUACUGCAGUCAUGCGCGGUUUGUCGUGCCAUGUUUUCAUCAAACUACACCGAUGAAUCGGCUCUCCUUGCCUUCAAGUCCGCAAUCACGUUGGACCCCUACAACCUUUUGGUGAGCAACUGGACUGAAAAAACCAACUUUUGCGAUUGGGUUGGUGUCUCAUGUAGCCGCCGACACAGACAAAGAGUCACAGCUUUGGAGCUUCCUGAUUUUGGACUCCAUGGCACCAUCUCCCCUCGUGUGGGUAACCUCUCCUUUCUCAAGAAACUACAUCUUGGUGGCAACAAUUUUCGUGGUCAACUUAUUCAUGAGAUCAGUCAUUUGCGUCACUUGAAGGCACUCAUUUUAUAUUAUAACCACCUAGAAGGGGUGAUCCCUGCAAGUUUACACCGCUGCCGACAGCUUCAAGUCAUAUUGCUAACAGGAAACCGAUUUACUGGCAGCAUACCCAAAGAAUUGAGUACCUUGUCCAGUCUCAGUGAGCUUUAUCUAGGACGAAACCACCUCACAGGUACAAUUCCAUCUUUCUUUGCUAACAUGUCGAGCUUAAAGUGGCUUGGUUUGGAAAUAAACAAGUUUCAUGGCAAUAUUCCUAAUGAGGUUCCAUGUUUGGAAGGGAUUUAUUUUGGUCAAAAUUAUUUGACUGGGUCAAUUCCUCCAUUUAUAUUCAACAUCUCCUCUUUACAUGAUAUCUGGUUAGAAUUUAAUGAUCUUUCCGGAAAUCUUCCCUUGAGCAGUACUAUUGGGCCUUCUAAUCUUGAAAUUCUCCGCCUUGGUGUAAAUCAACUCGGUGGAAACAUCCCUUCCGGUCUGUCCAAUUUUUCUAUGCUCACCGAGUUAAGGCUAGGUAGCAACCACUUCACCGGAACAGUACCAGCAAGUCUAGGCCACAUAGAAUUACUCACAUCACUUAAUCUGGAGAAUAACCGAUUAACUAUAGAAUCGAGAAGUAAGGAACUUAGUUUUCUCACUUCUUUGACAAGCUUGAAAUCCUUGGAAAGGUUAUUUAUAAAUAAUAAUCCAUUUCACGGCAUCUUACCAUUUUCUUUUGGAAAUCUUUCUAGUUCCCUUCUCAUGUUUGAUGCAUCUUAUUGCCAACUAAUGGGUCAAAUUCCUGAGGGAAUUGGUUCCUUUAAGAACUUGAAGUAUUUUAUCUUGAGUGGCAAUAAUUUCACCGGAUCAAUUCCAUCAACAAUCGAGGGUAUGACGGAGCUGCAAAGGUUGUACCUUGAUGAUAACAGGAUUGAAGGAUUUAUUCCCAAGGAGAUUUGCAGUUUGCACAACUUGGGAGAUAUUAGUCUCAAUAACAAUGACCUCUCCGGAUCAAUUCCCGCAUGCAUCGGAAAUGUUAGUGGGUUGCGGACGUUGUUAUUGCAUUCUAAUUCAUUGAACUCAUCAAUACCAUUGAGUUUAUGGAGCUUGGAUAAUCUUUGGUUCUUGAAUUUGUCAUUCAAUUCAUUAACUACUAUAGAUCCCAACAUUAUAGCACUGAAAUCACUUCAAAUCAUAGAUUUGUCCUGGAACCAAAUCUCAGGUAACAUUCCAAGCACUUUGGGAGCCUUUCAAAGUAUAGGCUCCAUCAACUUGUCUGGGAAUUCAUUUUGGGGACCUAUACCUGAAUCAUUUGGCAACUUGAUAACGCUUGAUUUCAUAGACCUCUCCCACAACAAUCUAUCUGGUUCUAUACCCAAGUCUCUAGAGGCACUUUCACAUCUCAAAUAUUUGAAUCUCUCUUACAAUAAGCUAUCUGGGGAGAUUCCAAGUGGAGGUCCUUUUGAAAAUUUUACGAUGGAAUCUUUUUUGAAGAAUGAAGCACUUUGUGGGAAACAAACUUUACAGGUUCCGCCAUGCUCAGGUUCAAGAACUAAACAUUUUUCUUACAAAUAUGUUCUUCUAGCCAUUGUUGAAUCAGUUGCAAUCUUCAUUGCCCUAUUGUAUAUGAUGCUCAAAAAAUGUUAUGGAAGUAAAGCACAAGUUCAUAGUUCUGCCAAUUUGUUAGACGUAAUGGAGCAUAGGUUGUUUUCAUAUGAAGAGCUUUGUAAUGCUACGGAUAAGUUUUGUGAAUCCAACCUAAUUGGCAUAGGAGGUUUUGGUGCUGUGUACAAAGGAAUACUUUCUGAUGGAACAAACGUUGCCGUGAAAAUUCUGAACUUACAAUUUGAAGAAGCUUUCAAAAGUUUUGAAACUGAAUGCAAAGUACUGCGAACUGUUAGGCAUCGAAAUCUUGUUAAGAUCAUAAGUACGUGUUCUAACUCUGAAUUAAGAGCUUUAGUUUUGCAAUACAUGCCAAAUGGAAGUCUAGAGAAGUGGUUAUAUUCUCACAAUUACUGCUUGAAUCUCUUUCAAAGAGUCAGCAUUAUGCUUGAUGUUGCCUUAGGUUUGGAGCAUCUCCAUCAGGGUCAAUUAGAGCCUGUUGUCCACUGUGAUUUGAAGCCUAGCAAUGUUCUUUUAGAUGAAGACAUGAUCGCACAUGUGGGAGAUUUUGGGAUUGCAAAGAUUUUAGUUGAAAAUAAGACUGCAACACAAACAGAGACUUUAGGUACAGUUGGCUACAUUGCACCAGAGUAUGGUUCAGAAGGAAGAGUGUCCACUAAAGUUGACAUCUAUAGCUAUGGAAUAUUGUUGUUGGAGACAUUCACAAGAAAAAAUCCCAGAAAUGAAAUGUUCACCGAUGAAUUAAGUCUAAGGCAAUGGGUGAGUGCAGCACUUCCCCACAAAAUAGCAAGAAUCAUUGACAAAGGUUUGUUGACAGCAGGAGGAGAUUUAAUGAACUCCACACAAGGUAUUUUUGUAACUAUCAUAGAAUUAGGGCUGGAGUGUUCAAGAGAACUACCAGAAGAUAGGAGUGACAUAAAAGAAGUGGUGGUUAAACUGAAAAAGAUCAAAAUGCAACUACUUUACAAAUGAGGUUUUAUGAUAGGUGUUUUUGUUUUUGCCCUGUAUAUGACAUUAAUGUUCGAAGAUGAAAAUGAUCAUGUUUAUGUUUUUUACUUC